AUGAACACUUCCUUCCUUCUCUCUCUGUCAAUUUUGCUUUUCCUCUCUCUGUCAAUUUUGCUUUUCCUCUCUCUGUCAAUUUUGCUUUUCCUCUCUCUGUCAAUUUUGCUUUUCCUCUCUCUGUCAAUUUUGCUUUUCCUCUCUCUGUCAAUUUUGCUUUUCCUCUCUCUGUCAAUUUUGCUUUUCCUCUCAUUCUCUCUGUCUGUCGGUCUUGCCCUUCCCCACUCUCUCAAUCUCAAUCUCUUUAACUCGAUCUUGCCCUUUCUCUCUAACUCAAUCUUGCCCUAUGGUAUGCUAAAAAUGUUGGAAGGAACAAUUGUAAAUGUGCCUGAAAGAAAUUCUCGAAAAUUGCGUGGAGAAACCAUUCAAGUUGACACAACCAACAUUCUUUUUAUUGCAUCUGGAGCCUUCAAUGGAUUGGACAGAAUUGUGAAUAGACGGAAAAAUGAGAAGUAUUUAGGUUUUGGAGCACAAUCUUCAAGCCAAGGUCGUCGAGCAGCUACAGCAUCAGACAUGAAGAAUCAAAGUGAAAGUGAAAACACAGUAGCAGACAACGAAGAACGAGAUGCCCUAACACGUCAGUCUGAAGCCCGAGAUCUCAUAGAAUUUGGAAUGAUUCCCGAGUUUGUUGGUCGUUUCCCAAUUGUUGUCCCAUUUCACAGUCUUAAUGAAGAUAUGCUUGUACAGAUUCUCACUCAACCUCGCAAUGCUCUUGUACCUCAGUACAUGGCUCUCUUUAAUAUGGAUAAUGUGGAACUUGUAGUGAAGGAUGAUGCUCUGAGGGCCAUUGCACAAUUGGCUCUUGAAAAGAAAACUGGUGCCAGAGGGCUGAGGGCCAUUAUGGAAAGCAUUCUGCUUGAACCAAUGUUUGAAGUGCCGUGUUCUGAUGUGACUGCAGUGUUAAUCAAUGAGGCUGUGGUGCGGAAUGUAGAAGAACCUGCUUAUGUACGAAAGGAUGUGAAUUUGUCAGAAGAAAUGGAAGACUACAAUGGUUAUGAAGCAGAGGAACUAACUGUUCGAAACCCUUAA